UGCAGCAUUGGCAGCAUUUCUUGUCGACGUGGGAAGGGAGAGAUUCGGACACAAACAAACGUCCACGGGUUUGAUGUUGGGCUACGUUACAGAUAGCUGUGACAUGUCAGGUGUAUUUAAUAGAUAACUCCAUGACAUUUGAAACAUGUGGCUCCAACCUGAUGAGAUUCUGCUGAAAAACGCGUUUAAAUUAUGGGUCACCGAGGAGGAUAACGAGUAUUUCGUACUGCAAAGGAGACGAGGUUAUGGAGAAGGUGGAGGCGGUUUGACAGGCCUCCUUGUGGGAACUCUGGAUACUGUGUUGGACUCCACAUCCAAAGUUGCUCCCUACCGCAUUCUACACCACACACCAGACUCACAAGUGUAUUGGACCAUAGCAUGUGGUGUCACCAAAGAGGAGAUUGUUCAGCACUGGGAUUGGCUGCAGCAGAACAUCAUGAGGACACUCUCUGUUUUUGACUCCAGCGAAGACAUUACCAGCUUUGUACAGGGCAAGAUUAGAGGUCUUAUCGCUGAGGAAGGGAAAUCAUCCCUGGUGCUGGAGGAAGAUCCGGAGAAGUUCCGAGAAGCACUUUUGAGGUUUGAGAAGUGGUUUGAGCUGCCACCGAAGGAAAAACUGGUCACAUAUUACUCAUGCAGCUACUGGAGAGGCAAAGUGCCCUGCCAAGGCUGGCUGUACCUCAGCACAAACUUCCUCUGCUUCUAUUCAUACCUGCUGGGAGCUGAGGUGAAACUGAUCAUCUCCUGGGAUGAGAUCUGGAGGCUGGAGAAAACCUCUAACGUUAUCCUGACUGAGAGCAUCCAUGUCUUGGCUCAUGGGGAGGAUCACUACUUCUCCAUGCUGAUGCACCUUAAUGAAACAUUUGUUAUCAUGGAACAGCUGGCUGACUACUCCAUCAAGCGCCUUUUUGAUAAAGAGGCCUUCCAGAGAGAGCCAGCGCUCUCCGACCCCAUGCAAAUUACCAAGAGAGGCCUCGAAGCGCAUGCAAAGAGUGAGCAGUUCCGGACGUUUUUCAGGCUUCCCAAAGAGGAGAACCUGUUAGAGGUGCAUGAGAGCUUCCUGUGGGUGCCCUUCAGCCAUUUUAACACACUUGGCAAGAUCUGUCUGUCUGAGAACUACCUGUGUUUCGCCAGCCAAGAUGGAAGCCAGUGCCAUGUCAUCAUUCCAAUGAGAGAGGUUAUUAAUGUUGAGAAGUCCGACUCCAGCAGCAGGGCUUUAACGGUGUGUGUGCGUGGCAAGAAGGCGCUGCGUUUCGCCGAGGUGCGGGACUACCAGCGUCUUGCCAACACGAUCCGUAGCAAGUGUGGGAUUAGUGCCAGCCCUCAGCACUCUGCAUCAUCAGAGGCCAUACGAGGCACAUGCCAGUCCCUCAUCAAUCACUUCGAGGACAACCCAGAGGACGUAACACUGAUGGUAGGACAGAAAGACAGCAGCAAGGCUGUAAGCACCGAGGCUCUCAUGACUGUUUUCCACCCCCAGGAUGUUGAAAACCUUGACCCCAAAAUGCUUAAAGAAAAGAUGAAGGAACAGUCUUGGAACAUCCAUUUUUCUGAAUAUGGACGUGGCACGAGUAUGUUCUUCACCAGGAAGACACGAGACCUGAUUGUUCGUGGUGUUCCUGAGGCCUUGAGAGGAGAGCUGUGGAUGCUUUUUUCAGGAGCUGUGAACGACAUGGCCACUCAUCCUGGCUAUUACACUGAUCUGGUUGAACAGUCUCUGGGCACGAGCACUUUGGCGACAGAUGAGAUCGAGAGAGACUUACACCGCUCUCUGCCAGAGCACCCUGCCUUUCAGAGUGACACAGGAAUCUCAGCUCUACGCAGAGUCCUCACUGCCUAUGCAUACAGGAACCCUAAAAUUGGCUAUUGCCAGGCCAUGAACAUUCUCACGUCAGUUCUGCUGCUCUACGCGAAAGAAGAGGAGGCUUUCUGGCUCUUAGUGGCUGUCUGUGAGAGGAUGCUGCCGGAUUACUUUAACCGCCGAAUUAUUGGUGCUUUGGUUGACCAGGCAGUGUUCGAGGACCUGAUUCGAGAAAACCUCCCCCAGCUGGUGGAGCACAUGACAGACCUGAGUUUCUUCUCGUCCGUGUCCUUGUCCUGGUUCCUCACUCUCUUCAUCAGUGUCCUGCCCAUAGAGAGCGCUGUGAACGUGGUGGACUGUUUUUUCUACGACGGCAUAAAAGCCAUUCUGCAGCUCGGCCUGGCAGUGCUGGACUACAACAUGGAGGCUCUGAUCAGUUGCCACGACGAUGCAGAGGCCGUCACCAUCCUCAACAAAUUCUUUGACAGUGUGACAAACAAAGACAGCCCGUUGCCUCCAACAGUGCAGCAAGCUUCAAUGAGCAAUAACGAUAAAGCAUCCCACUUUAACGUGGAUAUCAGUGAACUGAUCAAAGAGGCCUACGAGAAAUAUGGAAAUAUCCGUUCAGAGGAAGUCGAGAGUUCACGGAAAAGAAACAAACUGCAUGUGAUCCAGACACUGGAGGAUACAACCAAACAAAAUGUGAUCCGGGUGGUGACCCAAGAAGUCAGAUUCAGUGCCUCACAUCUUGACAGGCUUUAUAACUUGUUCAAAAGGCAGCAUUUCCUCUGCUGCUACUGGACAAUGAAGAGUCCAGCUCUGCUCCAUCAUGACCCCAGCCUGGCCUAUUUGGAGCAGUACCAGUUGGGUUUCCAACAGUUCAGCAUGCUCUUCUCCCUGCUGGAGCCCUGGGCUUUCUGCAACCCCAAGAGCACCCUCUCCCUCUGGAUCUUCCGCCUGAUAGAUGAGAACCAGGACGGCCUCGUCAACUUUAAAGAGUUCUGCUGUGCCCUUGAUACUUUGUACAGUGGAUCGUUCACAAAUAAGCUGAAAUUCCUCUUCAAGCUGCACCUGCCACCAGCUUUUACAGGUAGUCCUUUGCACAUAAAGGAACAAAGAAUCCAGCACUUUACUCCAGUGCCUGAAGACUCUUCUCACUUGACUAGACUCGCUGCAUUUGAUCUACCAGAAGAUGGUGUGAUAAGGAAAAGCCCUGAAAGAGGUAGAGGAAAAGUGGACCUGCAGGCCUACCUGAAACAAUGGCAAAACGAAAUACUUAAGAAAGAGGAAACCAUCAAGGACCUACCCCGAAUUAAUCAGACUCAGUUCAUCCAGUUCUCCAAGACCCUGUACAACAUUUUUCAUGGCGAUCCAGAGGAGGAGUCCCUGUACCAAGCCGUGGCCCACGUAACCAGCCUUCUCCUGAGGAUGGAAGAGGUGGGACGGAGGCUGCAUGAGUCGAGCAGCCCGCCCGAGUCCACAAAACCUGCCAACACUGCUGCUGCGGAGUCUUCAACCCAAGAAGCUUCUACUACCCCAGAGAACUCCGACACCUCCAGCUCCUUCAACAGUCAGGAUGCAGGGCCCGACCUCACAGAGCUGGAUUGGUCGUUUUCGUUUGAGCAGGUCUUGGCUUCUCUGCUCAACGAGCCGACCAUAGUCCGCUUCUUUGAAAGACCUGUCGACAUUCAGACUAAACUGGGACAAGCUAGGGUUGCCCAGCUGAAGCUAAAGGCAAAUAAGUGAAAGGAAACAUUAGUGAAUUGAUACUUUGCUUCUAAUUCAAACCCAGAAAUCACCAUGAAUUUCCUUUCUCCACUUGGAUAGGGCAGCAGUUUUUUUGCAAGGCAGACAGUGAAAUUACUGCUAAAGUGGUAUCAUAAAUGAAAAGGAGACAUCAGAUUUUAAAAUCUGGGGUUCAAUGUGUGUGUGUGUGUGUGUGUGUGUGUGUGUGUGUGUGUGUGUGUGGAUUCGAUGUUCAGGCAGAUGAUGAUCAGCAACGAUGGCUAAUGAAAUAAAUAACUUCACUUAAGUCACUUUAAGACACAAGCACUGUUGUUACAGUCCACUGACCAACACCUUCAGUGCAUUUUCAUGUCAGGCCUUGUUGCAUACUGUAAGCUGUCGUUCCUCAAAUCUGAUUAUGCAUUAGGGUUAUUCAUUCUCUUAUGUAGCCUCAGAUUUUUUGGAUUUUAUGGAAAUUGAGUUUGACACAUUUUUUUCCCUUUUAUGCCAUGGAGCACAUACAGUAUAGUUUUGUAUUGUGCAUGGGACAUACAGUACUGUCCCCUAUAUUUAGAAACAUGACCGAAGAGUUUGUCCUUCCGUCUGUCUCUGAUGUCAUGCUGAGGUUCAAAUCCAUAACAAAUGACUUUGACAAGGUCAGGAAGAUUCUCCCUCUGGAUAUCUUGAGAGAUUUUCUUUUUGCAGAUAACUAGUCACUGCGAUAGUGAAACAAACUGUAAAUGCUAAUGUGUCCCGUGACUUCAGUGUCUCCUGUUCUUAGGCAACAUUAGUGUUAUUCUGUAAAUGUCAAUUUAUUGUGAGAAAACACCAGCAUUCCAGUUGGAGACAGAAUAAACCGUAGUACAGUGAGUAAGGACAAGCAGUAGUGUUGUCCCUGAAAGCCAUACAUUGAUUUCAGAGAUUAUCUGAGUGAGGAUGUCAGAUACAUUUAAUUGAGAGCAUGGAAGAUUCAAUUAUGGUAUUAUACAUUUGCAAUAACACGCGAGAGGAUGCCGUACUGCCACACUCAUUUGUCUCGUUCCUCCAACAGCAGCACAUGCAGUAACAAUAUUUUAGCAUGACUUCCAAGUAUGUCAUACUGGAAACUAUGGUGUGUCAAGGUAAAAUAGCUUGAAUUUAUGGUGCUGCUGCAGGGAAAUCUUCUGCAUCCGCUUCAGAAAACGUGCUGUGUGUUAUCUUCAGAGUGUGAUUGGUUGAUGUACUGUUCGCUUAUGUCCGUCUUACUGUAUUUGUAGGAUGUUCUCUAGUAUAAGUGCAGCAUUUUGUACAUAAAGAUCAGUUUAAUAGUCAUUUAUUGUAUUAUGAGGUUUAAGAUAUGGAGCUUUUGAAGGACAUUUUGUUUUAUCAAAUCUCAGGGUGCAAUUUGUGUAAAAUAAGGAGAAAAGGGAUAUUUUAUUCAACCUGGGAUAUAUAAAGUAUAUUAUAUAUAGCUUACAAAUGUCUGUAACAUUAAAAUAUAGAGCAUGUGUAGCAUAGUUACAGGAUUCGCCACAUUAUGCUAGCUUUCAAUGAACAGCAACUAUUACUGCUUGCUACAGAAAGCCAGAUUUGACUUUCAGUAUUUCAGUUUCCUUUUUAUCUGUGCAGUUUCUGCUUCUUUUUGUUUUUGCUUCUAUCUCAGUGAGUCAUUUGCACAGUUGUUUAAGAUUCAUACUUUGUUAGAUAUGCCCGUAUCUCGGCCAGAUCUCAAAGGCGUGAGAUUCCAAAAGGUCAUGACUGUUGCAGCUGCAGCUUGUCAUCUCAAGGGGCCAUAUUCAUAGAGCUUUAUCUCUGCUUGUCUAGGGGGGAAAAGUGUUUUAGAAGCUGUUAAAGCGCAAGUGCAAUUCUGUGUCCUAUAUUUGUCUUUAUUUUGCCAUUUGCUGUUUCACUUAAGAUUUUAGGACCAAUCUGAAAUGUAUUUCAUUUUGUAAUUAUUGGGUUAAUUGAUAUAGAUUGUUUAAGUGAGUUCUACAUACUCUUUGAAAAUAAGCAUUUUGCAAACACCCAUUACUCAUUCAAACUGAAUAGACAAAUGUCUCACUGGUUACAUGACUAAUGUAAAAAAAAAAAAAAAAAAUAGAAUAUCAAAAAAUUAUGUGUUGUCACUGCUUAAAUCCAAAGCUCGAUCUGUGGUUUCAGGCUAAUACCUAAAGCCAUAAUGAGACAACUGAAGCGGCAGAGUUUCAACAGGAGAGCUCAGCAACCUUUCAAAACAGCAACUCUAUUUCCAUUAUUUAAAACAAUCAUCUCCGAUCAUGGUCUGACCAUUUCAGUAGGGGUGUUCCCCAGCAGUUUCAUGCUGCAUUUCUAACGUCUCUGAAUGUCAUGAAAUUAUUAUUAUUAAAUGCAAAUUACAACCUCUUGUAAUCUUUCUGUGAGGGUUCUGAGUUUUUCAUUUUAUUUUAUUGCUUAGUCUAUUUCUGACUAUUUAAUAAUAUCUUUGAGAUUAGAAAUUUUGGCUCCUAAUAAUUCAUUUGUUGGUCUUUAUAGAGAAAGACAUGUUGAAAAGUGGUUAAGACAAAACAAACCUUGUGAUGCCCACUAAUGUCCAAACUAUUUCUUUAGGCAUAGCUUUUGGAAAAAGGCCCCAUAAGAUGAUGUUUUCUAGCUCCAAAUAGCUAGUGGUUUCCACUUGGUAUGGAAAUAAAUGAAAGGAGAUACUUUGUCGGAACAGAGGAAGGAAAUCUUCAUCCCUCUGACAUGCUGUCAGAUUUGCCAUUAAGCAUCAGAGUGUAUACAGUAGGCAUGGAUACUUCUCCAGCUCCUGCAUCACUAUAUGAUUAAUCAAGUCCUUAGAUGUGCAAGUGUUGUCUACAGCUUUCAUAGGCUGUAGCUUUUGAUCAAAAGCUUGUUUUGCAAAAUAUGUGAAGCACAGAUAUUUCUGUAUACCUGCUUGAUUAUGAUUUAUUUAUUUUGUAUCUCGAUUCAAAGGUAUCAGAAUAAAGAGUGAUGAUUCUAUGAAUAAUA